UUAAUGCAGCUAAAUAUAAAUAUACAAAAGCAUAAGUCUCCACAGACAUCAACACAUUGCUAUGGCAACAAAAAUGAAGACCUGGACCACAUUGUACACCCUUGUUUUCCUCUUCAUUCUCUUCGUUUCUUCCUCUCAUGUUGCUUUCUCCUUCUCAGAUAGCAAAUGCAACACUACUCCCUACCCUGCAUUCUGCAAAACCACUCUACCACCUCAAUAUUUAUCCACACAUGACCAAUGCCGUUUCCUCCUUCACCAAUCCUUAUCAACAACAAAAACGCUUGCUGCAUUGCUCUCUUCUUAUCUCUCAAACAACUACGCAAUUCCUAGUUCAACAUUACACGCCCUUCAAGAUUGCUUCAACCUUUCACAACUCAAUAUUGAUUUCUUCUCCAAUGUCCUCCAAGCCAUUCAUAGCACCGUCACUGGCUAUCAAGUCUACGAUUUGCAUACCUUGCUCAGUGCCACUUUAACCAAUCAACAAACGUGCUUGAAUGGUUUUAACGAGGUGACUCCCUUUCCUGUAGUUACUAAUGCCUUGUCAAGUCCACUUUCCGAUGCGAUCAAACUAUAUAGCAUAUCUCUGGCCCUUUUCACCCGUGGUUGGGUUAGCGAUGCCAUGGAAGGAUCAGCCACAGUUGAGACGAUUACUAAUAGAAAGUUACUCCAAACAAGCGUUGACAAUGUGGAGGUGAGGCAAAAGGUGGUGGUGAACCCUGAUGGGUCUGGUGAUUUCACCACCAUAAAUGAUGCUGUGGCUGCUGCACCUGAAAACAGCGGCACCAACAACGGGUACCAUGUAAUCUAUGUUGUCGCGGGGAUUUACAAUGAGUACGUGUCUAUUCCUAAGAGCAAGCAGAACCUGAUGUUGGUUGGAGAUGGUAUCAACCGCACCGUACUCACUGGCGAUCGAAGCGUUGUCGAUGGCUGGACCACUUUCCAAUCUGCAACUUUUGCUGUUGUUGGAAAAGGGUUUGUUGCCGUGAACAUAACAUUUCGUAACACUGCUGGGUCCAGCAAGCAUCAAGCUGUGGCUGUGAGAAACGGGGCAGACAUGUCUACGUUCUAUAAUUGCAGUUUUGAGGGUUACCAAGACACACUGUACGUACACUCCCUAAGGCAAUUCUACAAACGCUGUGACAUUUAUGGCACAGUGGAUUUUAUAUUCGGCAAUGCAGCAACAGUAUUCCAGGAUUGUAGCAUGUAUCCAAGACUCCCAAUGCAAAACCAGUUCAAUGCAAUCACCGCACAAGGCCGAACAGAUCCAAACCAAAACACUGGAAUCUCCAUACAGAACUGCUGCAUAAUAGGAGCCAGAGAAUUGGGUGAUGCUACUAGCAACUAUAAUGGGAUACAGACAUAUUUGGGUAGGCCUUGGAAGGAGUAUUCUAGGACUGUUUACAUAAAAUCUUGCAUGGAUGGCCUAAUUGAUCCGAAGGGGUGGACAGAAUGGUCAGGGGAUUUUGCUUUGAGCACACUGUAUUAUGCAGAGUUUGCUAACUGGGGACCUGGUUCAAACACCAGCAAUAGGGUCACAUGGGAAGGUUACCAUCUCAUAGAUGAAAACGAUGCACUUGACUUCACGGUGCAGAAGUUUAUUCAAGGUGAUAAAUGGCUACCCUCCACAGGAGUACCUUUCAACGCUGGGUUACAGUAAUUUUUCUUUGGUGCAGCUUACACACUUCAACUUGUUUUGAUUAAAUUGAUCGUAUCAAGUGAUGCCUGAUGUAAAUCUAUAACCUUUAUAUUGUGAACGCAUA